UUGCUGCUCUACAUUCUUGCUGUUUUCGACUCUUCUUAUUCUUCUGAUCAUCCUUCUCUUCUCUCCCUGGAACCAUAAUCAUAACAUAAAUUUCUUGGCUUCCUCUUAUACAAUCAGCCCUGCAAGUUUUGGCCACAAAACACGACAAGGGUCUUUCUGGAGCUCUGUGUUCGACGCCAAUUCUGAAGACCAUGUUGCAGCCAAAGUCAAAGUGCGAAUAAAAAAGAGUUUGGCAAAUAUCGAAGGAGAAUUAGCCAGGUCACGGGCGACCAUCCACCAAGCAAUUCGUGGGAGAAAUUACUCGUCCUACAGGAGUGAGAACUUCCUUCCAAGAGGAUCCGUUUACCGAAGUCCAUACGCUUUCCACCAGAGCCACAUAGAAAUGCUCAAGAGAUUUAAGGUGUGGACUUACAGAGAAGGAGAGCAUCCCUUGGUACACAAGGGGCCCCUGAAAGAUAUUUAUGCAAUAGAAGGUCAAUUCAUAGCGGAAAUGGAGAUUGGAAUGAACCCUUUGACGGCUCCCCAUCCUGAUGAAGCGCAUGCAUUCUUUAUCCCCAUUAGCGUAGCUAACAUUGUUAAUUAUGUUUACAUGCCCGUCACUAACUAUUCUCGGGAACAGCUGCAAAGGUUGGUUGAAGACUAUAUAGGUGUCAUAGCAAACAAGUAUCCAUAUUGGAAUAGAAGCAAUGGAGCUGAUCAUUUCAUGGUUUCAUGUCAUGACUGGGCACCAGAUAUUUCAGAUGCCAACCCUCGACUCUUCAAGAACUUCAUCAGAGUUCUUUGCAAUGCCAAUACCUCCGAAGGGUUCCAUCCUGGGAGAGAUGUAUCACUGCCAGAGGUAUAUGGACCAGCUGAAACUCUAGCCAUCCCAGACAAAGGCCUAGUCCCAAAAAUGCGCCCCAUCCUUGCCUUCUUUGCUGGAGGAGUCCAUGGCUACAUAAGGGAGAUGUUGUUUGAGCACUGGAAAGACAAGGAUAACGACAUAAGAGUCCAUCAAUACCUCCCAGAGGGUCAAAAUUACACUCAGCUAAUGGCUCAAAGCAAGUUUUGCCUGUGCCCAAGUGGAUAUGAAGUGGCCAGUGCUAGGGUGGUUGAAGCCAUAUACGCAGGAUGUGUUCCAGUUAUAAUUUCUGACCAUUAUUUUUUACCAUUCAGUGAUGUUCUAAACUGGAAUGAGUUUUCUGUCAGCAUUCCAGUUGAUAAGAUCCCAGAUAUGAAGGAAAUUUUGCUAGGAAUUUCCGAGACUAGGUAUGUAAGAAUGCAAAAAAGAGUGAGGAGGCUGCAAAGGCACUUUAGGCUGAAUAGGCCGGCUCGGCCCUUUGAUGUAAUUCAUAUGGUGCUGCACUCCGUGUGGUUAAGAAGACUGAAUCUGAGGCUGCCUACUUGA